UUUUCUGGAAAUGGUCUUCCUGUAAAUAUACUUGUUGGGAAAGAGUCAAUAUUUGUACAAAAAUAUCCAGUAUAUGACUUUUGAGUCUUUUUGAAAAUAUACGUCCAAUGCAGGCGGCUCAACGUUUGAACGACUUCGAUCACAUUUGACGGUUGAGUCGCGGACUUUCCCCCAAAGUCUAAAUCUUCUUUUUAUUUGCGUCAAUGUGGGAAUGAAAUUCAAGAAUCAACGCAGCAUUUGGAAUGGCUUCGGGCAUUCUGAUUCUGAUUCUGAUUCUGAUUCAACUUUGCCGAGUCAUGCCCUCCCCCAGCGGCCCCCUCUCGCCCCGCCCCCUCUUCCCAGGAAGUGAGCGGGAAACGAAAGUGAUCGGAGCACAGGAGAGGCAGGCGGCCGACUUGCGUGAGGAUGCAUCGAACGCGCGGCGUCGGGCCGCCGGCGUCGCACGAGCUGCCGGCCGACGUCUGCGAGUGGACGACCGCGGACGUGGCCCGCUGGCUGACGGCCGACGUCCGUCUGGACGCGACGUUGGCGGACGUCUUGGCCGGGGAGGUGGUGGAAGGACAAUUCCUGCUGGACUUUGAGAAAAAAGACAUCCUGGACCUGGGAAUCAAGCACGGUCCCGCCGUCUUGAUCAGCAGGUCCCUGGAGCGGCUGAAGAAGGGCGAGAGGGGCGCGGCGACCCCCUUUUGUGGCGUGGAGACGUGGAGCCCCGAGGUGGUUUUCCAGUGGCUGCUCCCUCACUUCCCUAAAAACCAGGAAUACGCAGACCGCCUCCUGGAGGAAGACGUCUCGGGAAAUUGUCUGCUUUGCUUCGGCAAGAAGGACUUCGUGGACCUCGGCAUCCGGACCGGUCCGGCCGUGCACAUCCUGAAAAAAGUUAGCGAGCUCAAAGACAAAGCGCAACCCGGCGGCGCGGACCGACGGGAUGCGGCCGAAGCUCGCCACGACCGCGCCGAUGGGAAAAAAGGGACGCGAAAGCUCGCGAACAUUCCGGACAACAAUGUCCGCACGCUCAAAAGGAAGCAAGUCAAGGAUAAAGCGCAGCCGGCAGUCCACGGCAGAGUGACGAUCCAGAAAAUCCUGGAGGAGCUCGGAGAAAAGGACUUGAAGAAGUUUCAGUUCGUCUUACAGGACAAGAGGAAUGGGAAAGACCAGCCGACGGCUUGGGGGAAGCUGGAGGGUCGCGACACGCUCGACACGGCCAAGAUCCUCAGCGAUCACCACGCGGACCGCGCGCUAGAAGUCACCAGAGAGGUUCUGGUCCAGAUCAACCAGAACGACCUCGCCGGCAGACUGGAGAAGAUCUCGGUUGACGCAGGUCAGAUGAUGAGCUGCUCCGAGGAGGCGGAGCUAACGAGAGAGCUGAACCAAGGGGAAAAACUCAAGAACCUGCUGACGUGCGGCGGGAACUCGCUAGACAGCGGCGACCGUUUUGUUGUGGUGGUGAACAAGAGCAGCCCAGAACAAGUCCAGCACCUCCAGUUUCUCAGCAAACUGGAACUCUUCUGCGUGUUGGACUUCGACCCAAAUUCCAACGGCCCUCAGGGACUGUGUCGGGCCUACAAGGAGACCCGCGUGGCCAACCUGCACUCGCCGUCGCAGUACAAGGGCCACUUGGACUCCUUGGUCAGCAGCCUGAACCUCUACGAUCAGACCAGCUGGGUCUUCUGCAACGGCAGAAACGACAUCCAGAACGGCGACAACAAGGAGCUGGACUACAGGACCUGGUGGAAGAAGUAUUGCAAAGAUGUGGAACAUAUGGUGGGGCUGAUCUGCGGCUGUGACUUUGUUCGUAAUGGACAAGGCCUCGUAAUUUUCCUGCUGCUGUCGUCCGUGUAUGUGGACACCGACCCCAUUUUUGAGACCUACCGCUCCUUCCUGAAGUACAUCGAGGAGCAGAGCAUCGUCACCAUCUGCGAAUCCACCGGCGUAUACUCCAAGUGGAAGGAGCUCAUCGCCGACAAGUCUGACUUUGACAUCGACCCGUUGUCCAUCUACGAGCUGACCUUGUCCCAGGUGAACGGGACCGUUGCGGCGCUGAGACCGUUCAGCCAGUCGCCCGCGAUGCUGGUGCCGUCGUCCGACUCCAGCGUCGUUGUCCUGAAGCAAAAGGACAAAGACCUCAUGACGGCCUUGGACAUUUUGUGCCUGAAUCAGUGUGAAAACGUUUACGAAGACGAAAAGAGUCCAGAGUUCGUCGACUUCCGGAGGCGUCAGGAGGAGGAGUUCUACCGAGGAGGCAAAGUCAAGUGGUGGAACUUUUACUUCUGCGACAAAGACAGCAAGAAGACGUUUGUCAAGAGAGACAAGUACAGCAAUGUGAUGCAAAUGAUUCGCUCCGAGCAGAGAGACGCUUGCGUCCAACUCCACUUGUACCACCAUCCGGGCUGCGGCGCGACCACCUUGGCCAUGCACGUCAUGUGGGACCUUCGCAGCGAAUUUCGAUGCGCCUUGCUGAAAGACACCAAACUGCCCAAAGAGGAAAUCGCCGACCAGAUCAUUCACCUCAUGAAGCUGGAAAGCAGAAGGCAAUGUCCGGUCUUGCUGCUGGUGGACGACGUGAAGGAGCUGGAUAACCCCUACGACCUGGUCAACUGCAUCCGCAAGGCGGUGGAGGACUUGGAAGGCACCAACGUAGAUGAUGGGCCAAACUGCAAAGUCACCGUCCUCAACUGCGUUCGCUCGCACAGCCCAAAGAAGCUGUACAAGCAUUCGAACUACAUGCAGUGUCAGUACAUCACCGCCUCGCUGACGCCGCACGAGCAGGGCGAAUUCGAAAAGAAGCUGGAAGAACUCCAGGAGACUCACGAGAAGCCGGAAAACUUUUACACCUUCAUGAUCAUGAAGAGCAACUUUGACCAGAAGUACAUCGACGACGUGGCUCACAACACGCUGAAUAGCUUCGACGCCAGCACGGACGACGGCAAGCUCUUCUCUUUUCUGGCACUUCUCAACAACUACGUGGCGGAAUCGGGGAUGGCGCUGUCGCUGUGUGAAGAUUUCUUGGGGGUGAAAAUGACGCGUGACCCAGUGUACUGCGUGCUGGACAGGAUGAAGUUGUUCUCCAACGUCCUCAUCGUGGACAGAGUGGAAGAGUGCGGUGGCUACAAAAGGCUGCGGCUCCUCCAUCAUACCAUCGCAGCCGCCUGUCUGGAGGUCUUGGAGAGGAGAUACUCCUUGAAGGUCAGCGACAUCACCUUACAUAUGCUCCACUACGAUCUGUUCUUCAGCGACGGUGUGGUCAAGGACAGACUCAUGCAGUCCAUCGAGCGCAUGUUGAUCCGAAGACAACGCAAGAAAGACGGCGACGAGCGGGAACUCUUCUCUCCCCUCAUAGACAAGAUCCACCAGCAGCAGGGCGGCCAAACGGUGCAGGACAUUUUUGUCAAAGCCUCUUCCAGGUUUCGAGACAGAGCCUCCGUCCCUCAGGCCCUGGCACGCUAUCUGUACAUCAACGAGCGAGACUUUGCCGAGGCGCUCAGGUGGGCCGAGAAGGCCAAGAAUAUUGCGCAAAACCCGUACACCAUCGACACCAUUGCGCAAGUGUACAAAAGUAACUUGCGGGCCAACAUGGACAAAGAAAAACAAGAAUGGGCGCACAAUCCGGACGACCUGGACACCAACAUCCGCUUGGCAAUGAACGGGAUCCGAGCGUUCCAAAGGGCCCAAGAGCAGUCGGACAACGAAGAAAAUUCGCAAGCGGAGAAUCCGGACGACAAGUCGGCCGACUUCCCGCGGAAGGGUUACAACAUUUACGGCCACGUGGGAGUGCUGGAGAUGUCUUUCAUCGUCUUUGAGUUCCUGGCUAAGCUUCCGUUCUUCCAGGAACCCGACCCCAUGACGAAAAAGUACUUCCUGAGCUUCCUCAACGGUUCCAUUCCCAUAGACAGCGUUCACAAAGACAACAGUGAGGUCAACAACAAAUAUGCCGAAAUCAUCAAGGACCACGAGCCCUUCCUACUCGACCUGAAGCCUGAAGUCAAGAAGAAGUUUGACUUCCUCAACUGCUACUUCACCUACACCAAAGGCAACUUUGAGUUUGACACGGUCAACCACAGAACCGUGUGCGACCACUUUAAGAAGUAUGUGGAUCUCUUUUGCACGGCACCGGAGGAGCUGAGAAAAGUCAAAGAAGACAACCCCAAAUUGAAAUUAAACUUGGUCCUGGAGGAACACCGCAUCUAUCUGGAGAAGCACCAAGCGGACACCUUCUCUGGAGUUCUGCAACACUUGGACCGGUCCGCCGAGGAGAUGGAAAAGAUCGUGAAAUCUUACGCCUUCUUACAACAGAUGGUCAAGCAGAAGCAGAACAUUCAAGUGAAGCUCAAUUACAUUUUGGCAAACGUGGUCCUUUACCUUUUGCAGCCAAAGUCCAAGCUGCUGAAGAGCUACAAGCAGCUGCGCGAUCUUCUGCUGGAGGCCCUGCAGGUCGUCGGGUACAAUUACACCGUCCCGGACCCGUACUACCUGGCUCUCCUCUUCUUCUGGCCCACGCCGUCCGAGGAAAACUCUGAAAUCCGAACAUACCUCAACGCCAUUCGCGCUUCGUCCCGAAAGCAUCUGUCCAAGUUGUUCUACAAGAGAAGCACCAUCGCGCACCUCUAUUUGGGAAAUGAAGACGGACUCAAGAGACUGGUGUCCAAACCCAGCCUGGAUAGGAACUUCCUUCGCAAGAUGCCACGCGACAUACUGGCACAGCUGUGGUGGAACGGCGACAUCUUCAAGGAUAAGGACAUCAGCGGCCGCCUGCUGCGAGUCGCCGGCACCAUCGAGCAAGGCGAAGUCUUCGCCAACUACGGCAGACUGAAGAUUCCCGUGCAUCCGGCUCGCCGCAGCGGGAUUCGCAGCGGCUGCAGCACCGAGAAGAUUUCCUUCUAUCUGGGAUUCGCCGUCAACGGGCCGCUAGCCUACGACGUUCAGUAUGAAAACUGAACGCGUUCACGUCCCACGGGCUCUCCGAACGUUUGUGAUCUGCCGUUGUAGCGACGCUAGCUAGCGCGCACGACUGCAGCGAGAAUGACGUCGGUACGGAAAGCCGUUUGCGCAAUUAUUCCAUAUCUGAGCUAUCCUGCUGAAGGUCCGUUGCACCGGUACGCCCUUUGUCCACAAUUCAGCGCACUAGCAGAACGAGCAUUUAGGUUAGUGUAAAACGGUCGUUCGAGUAGUGUUCAAAAUUGUCUUACUAGUGCCGUUCAAGAGCGUAAGAGUUGAAGGAUAAAUGCUUGAACAGUUUUGCCACUUGGAUGAGGUCCAGCCUCGAAAGGGAUCUGUGAUGGAAAACGCACUUUGCGUGUCUGGAGUGGCAGGCCACUCGUCAAGCGUUCAAUCAAACAACCGAGUCAGCACUUCCGCCUCGCUGUGACAUCACAAUUGGGCCAGUUUACACAAUCCCGCCCCCACGCUGACUUUCUCGGCCAAUGAUGCGAUCAGCUGGGCUGCGCCAAGUUCCGGGGAGAAAGAACCCUUUGGCCGAAGCGCUACCGUGUGAAAACUGCACGGUAAGCAAAGCUGCAGUGUUAGGGGCAUGAGCUGGCGAUAAUGUUCAGCUAGGUUUUCGGUGCGGUGCGUAUUUGUGUGUAGCCGUGUCACGCGCACUCCUGGACACCAAUUGACGAGGGUGAUUUGAUUUGGCGGCUUGCUGAUGAAAACGAGCAACGCCGUGAAAUCUGCAGACGCAGCAAAACACGAAAGCCUGCUGUGUGACUUGCUGGGAUUGGGCGAAAUCAUUCUAUAACAUUCCAGUUCAUCCAAAAACCAUAACAGCUAACAUUGUGCGCAAGAAGGGGAAGUAUAUAGAAUAGACAUUUUGCCAAUGUGCCGGCACGUGUAUUUUUAUCUAUCGAUCACAGAAGGGCGGAAGCGCAGGAUGGUCGGAGAUGAGGCGAGAAGUGAUAGCUGACCGACCGAAAAACAAGUCAGGUUCUCGGCACGCCAGCGAACAAGAACUUGCCUCACCCGCCCUUGGGUGGUCCCUAUCAGCAGGAACCAGAUGGGGCGUCGACACGCCGGCGACAUCGACAAGCGUCUCAGCGUGAACUAUGAAUGGAAGGGCAGCGAGCGAGAGGCCCCCUUUCCCCGUCUACUAGCGACGGGACCUUCGGACGGGGGGGGGGGAACGGCCCCGGAGCUCCGCGCCUGUGUGGAAUCGUAUUGGGUUGCGGACAAUGAUCGUGAGUUCAUUCAUUGGAAAAGCAACGAACACGCAGCGGGAAAUCGUGGCGAGAGUUGUUCAAUAAGGGGGGAGGAAUAGACGCACACUUCCAACACAACCGAAUGCCGCAGUGCCCCGAAGCCGCUCAAAGAAUCGGUCACUCUUUGGGUGGAACCUUAAGCGCUUUUGGCCGACUUCGACACAACUUGCAAACCUAUUUUCAUUUUGCGCUCGGAUGCGUCACGGUAAGCCCACUUAGCCAAAGUGACACUCGGCCGCCUCAAUACGAACACAGCAACUCAAAACCGAUCCCGUUCGUGGCUAACGGCGCGAAGGAACCGAUCUGAGCCAGUUCAGGGACGCCUGCGUGUUGACGUUUCACUUUGGGUAGAACCAGAAGCAGAGUCGACGCGGCAGCGGGUAGAGGAGGCGUAGGACGGAACAAUUCCCAAUUUCAGACGAAAUACGGGCCGCGUUCUUGUCUUCGGUUCGACGAUGAGCCGAUGCGGCGGGCGAAGACGAUUGAGACGAGAGAGAAUGGCUUCUUUGCUUGUUUGGUGAUGUUCACAGAACGCUGUACACAAAAAAAAAGGUGAACAAUGCAUCCGUUUUCCAUGAUACUUCUUGUUGUUUGUACUGUUUUCGAUUUGUUUUCCAAGUGCUCAGGUGGAGUUUCGGCUCGUUUUGCAAGAUGCGUUCCUGUUGUGAACAAUACAGAUUGCUCCUACAGCAGCUUUAUGGUUUUACAACAAUGUUCAACUCUAUUAAGUUCACCUGUCGAUGAAAAGGCGAAGCUUGUGGCCAAAAUGUCCGAUACGUUCAAGCGCAGGGGGUCGAGGCUUACAGUGGGCACGGAAGAUAUUCAGACCCCCUUCGAUUUUUCCCUCUUUGGUCAUAGUGCAGCCGUUUGCUAAAAUCAUUUGUUCAUUUUUUGUCCUCAUGAAUGUACCCAUAUUGACAGAAAGAAAACACAAUUGUUGAAAUCUUUUGCAGAUUUAUUAAAACGUUAAAACUGAAAUAUCACACAA